UCUGACGUCCUCCGUCCUGUCCCUGGUAUGCUUGCCUCUGGAUCGCUCGUGCGCCUCUCCUCCUGCGCCGUCGUCACGGUCCUGCGCGCUGAGCUGCUGCCGGGUGGCUCUGUCAUCCUCGCAGACCCGCACGGCGCCGGGAAUCUCCGCGUGCGACCGAACGGCACCAUCGACACGCAGGGCGGCCGCGGUGGCUGGGCACGCUUCUGGGUCGACCGCGAGCCGGACGGCGACGAGAACUCGAUCCGGCUGCUGAACGUCGGCCACCAUGAGCAACGCGGCAACGACGUCUUCCUAGCGGCGUCCAUCGUCCCUGCAGAUCAGUGCCCCGCGGCGAGCGCUCCGGUCCCGGACGCGGCGAGCGCUCCGGUCCCGGAGCCGCCCGCGGUGCUGCUCUCCGACGAGGAGAAGGCAGCGUUCGUGCGGCAUGGGUACCUCGUGCUGCGCGGCGUGGUUGGGCGCGAGCUGGUCGACGCGGCGCUGCGCGCCAUCAACAACCAGCUCGGACAGGGCAGCGCCGCAUGGGAGCCGGACGAGGACGGAAAGGAGAAGCUUGCGGGCGAGGUCGGGUCGAAGCGAUCGUCGGCGAUCCUCAACUUGCUUCACGCGAGCCCCGCGCGCGGCAUCGCUGAGCAGCUCCUCGACGGCCAGCUCAGCCAGCAGGUGGGCGGCCAGAUCGCGCUGCGCUUCCCGCUGCCCGAAGACAAGAUUGGCCGGCCGCCGAAGGGCAUGACGCGUCCACGACACGUCCAUGACACGCCUAGGCCGCCGAAGGGCAACGACCAGUGGCAUAUUGACGGGAUGAAGAAGAACGGCCACAUGUCGCCCUUUCAGCUGCUGCUCGGCGUCGCGCUCUCCUCGCAGAGAGACGACGACUGCGGCAACCUGUGCGUCUGGCCGACGCAGCACGCCGCCGUCGCCGAGGCGGUGCAGCGGGCACAGGCGGCGCCGCCGGGCGCCUCCUCUCCCGAAGACGAGUGGCGCGGGCAGCGGCCCACGCUUCCGGCGGAGGGGGCGACGCAGGUGCGACUCGAGCCUGGCGAUGUUGUGCUCGCGCACCAGAAGCUGCCGCACAGUGUCGGGCUCAACCGUUCGCCGCACAUCCGGUACCAGGUCUACUUUCGGCUGAGCAGCCGCGAGUACAAGCCCGCAAAGGCGGCGGAGCGGGGCCUAUGGGACAACUGGCGAGUGGGUGCAGAGUAGUCGAGAAUAGGCUGGGCCGCUCGUGUUGUGUGUGGGUUCCGUUGGGGUGGGGCGUGCGCGGGGGUGACGCGCUGAGAGACCGGCGACGACGGACGGCGUGCCGCAGUGGCGGCAGGGCGGUGCAAAAGAGUAGAGAUUUACUUUCAAAAGGCUUUACCGUAA